AUGGGCGCAAAUCCUGAAAACGACGAGGCCGAUGAAGAAGGCAGUGAAGAAGAGGAGGAGGACGACCAGACGAAGGCCGAUAUUAUAGCGCGCCGACUCCUGGAAGCCAUUUCACUGCGAGCUGAAAAGGUUGGCGAUUUAUACCGGGAAUGGCACGAGUACCGGUUCAACAAACUUUAUAAACACAUUUUACCGGGCUUCACCGACGAAGAAUGCUUCAAAAGGAUGAAGGAAGUAGAAGACAUAGUUAUGAGCCUCACAAAUGCGGAAACCAUUCACGAAGCCUUGGGCCGAACGGCCGUCAUAAGACCGCGAGCCCAGCUACAGAAGCUAACCGUACGGAUCCGGAAGAUUAAGGAACGGUACGAAGAGGAAACACCGGAGGAUACCUUAACGCCCUUGGUGUUAAAAAGACUUGAGAAAGCGAGAGGAGAACUCGAUGAAGAAAUAGAGCGGCUGGAAGUGAUGUGCAGACAACACAAAUUACCGCACUCUCCAGUUCCUCAGAUAGAUAAGGGUCAAACUCAUAGUGCAACACCGAUUCGGGCGGAUCCGGUGAUAACCGAAACAGACGAAAGGACGGAGACUCCUCUCGCAGGGCAAUUUCAACAUGAACAACCGGAAGUCUCCGAACCGGGCAUUACAGAAGAUAGGGUUAAGUUCCUCCUUCAAGAAUUUGCAGAGUCCACGGUUCACCCACUAGAGGAGAGGAUGAAGAGAACCGUGAGCAUGGCACUACGGUUCGCCAACAAUACGAGGAAUAAACUCGUAAUGGUGGAUGACCGGUUCUCACAAAUUGACGCUGACUACCGGGAAGAUGCGGUCUUGCGCGACAACCAUCUUCACCGAACCGAGGCCUUGGAAGUAAAGACCUUAGAGCUAAAGGAUGACUUCGAUCGGCUUGAAAGAGAAACCGAUCAACGAUUAACAGAGGUCGCUGGGGAUCUGGUCGGCACAACACUUGAUAGGGUCUCGGAACUGGAAAAGAAGAAUGCGGGUCUUGAAGACCGCAACGACAAACUCGAGGCCGACCUCAGGGCGCUUACCGCACAAGUGGAUGAAUUACUCAAGGCUAAAAUGAAUGCGGAUAUUGCGGUUGUGGAAGCAAACGAAAGAGCGGCCAAGGAUGUCCAGGAUGCGCUGAACGAAGAGGCAAGGUUAGCAAAGGAGACACCACAACUAACUGAGAAAGAAAGAGCCGAGCGCGAACGAAGGACAUGGGCUAAAUAUCCGGGACUUGAAGAAUCAGUAGCCGCUCAAGCUGCAAAGGAUGCUGAGCGGUUAGAUAAUGAAAGACAAAGGCUUGAGGGAUUUACAUCCGCUCACAAGAAGCAAAAGGAGGCCCCUUCAUCUUCGGUUCCGGCAAAACGGAAACGGAAAUCAUCGAAGAAGGCUCAAGUGGCCGAGCUGCUGAAUGAGGUCACUGACACGGUUAUUGAAAGUCAACCGGAUCAGGCGACUCACACAGAAGAAGAAGAUGAAGAGCACCUAGAGCCGCGGCCUACAAGACAGCGAGUCUCAAGACCGGAUAAGAAAAAGCGGAACAAGGAUUUGAUGGCUAGAUUCAACCUCUCCGACUCAGAAUAG